AUGGCGGAGCAUAUCAGAGCGGAAGCGUCCCGACCAGGACUUCUCUUCGUAGAUCGUGUCUACUCGUGCGAAGUGAGCGAACCAGCGGAGGACAGUUCUAAUGGUAGUGGCAUCCUUUUCCAAUGCGCUAUUGAUGUCGUGGACUGCAUAGGGGAAGGAGAGUGGGGAUUCAUAGAGGAUGAUGGUUCGAAGCUGCUCUCGUGA